AUGUCCGUAUAUGCGACGAUACUGCCUCUCAUCUUCCUGGGAUUAUUAGGAAUUACGUCUGCAAAAGAUAUUAAAGGUUCAAUCUUUUGUGAAUUUUAUAAUGAGACAAUGUGUGCAGAGAACGAACAAGAAUGUUCAGGAAGAGAAGAAUGUGUCCAACAUGAUCCAGAUAAACGUAAUCAUUGUUAUGUAGUAUGGAUACAGAACAAUACUACUAAAGAAACAACAAUUAAAUUAAAGGGUUGUUUUUUAGAUAACACUGAUUGUUAUGGUAAACCUUUUUGUGUAGAGAAUAAUAUGGAAAGAAAAAAUGACUACUUCUUUUGUUGUUGCGAUAGCACUAUGUGUAACCAAAACUUCUCUUGGGUUCCACAACCAACCAUUAAGUCUACAGAACCAUCCGUUAUUCAUGAAUUAGAACCUAUGCCUAAUGCAAAGCAGCAAGCAAUAACACUUGCCCUUUUAAUAGCAAUCCCUAUACUUCUUACAAUUAGUUUAUUUUCUUUUUGGUGGCUCUAUCGUCGUCGAAAAUUGGGCUAUUUUAACGAGAUACCAACGCUGGAACCAGUACCAUUGCCACAACCCUCACCUAAUCUAGGCUUACGACCAAUACAACUUCUUGAGAUCAAAGCUCGAGGUCGUUUCGGAGCAGUUUGGAAAGCCCAAUUUAAAAAUGAGAUCGUGGCAGUUAAAGUUUUUCCCAUUCAAGAUAAGCAAUCUUGGCAGACUGAACAAGAGAUUUUUAAGCUUGCACAUAUGGAUCACGAGGACAUAUUACACUUUAUAGGUGUUGAAAAGCGUGGAGAUAAUCUACAAGCUGAAUUUUGGUUAAUCACGGCGUAUCACGAAAAAGGUUCAUUGUGCGAUUAUUUAAAAGCAAACAUUGUAACAUGGCCUGAGAUGUGUAGAAUUGCAGAAUCCAUGGCAAGAGGUUUAAUGCAUCUACAUGAGGAAAUCCCAGCUAAUAAAGCAGAUGGCUAUAAACCAGCUGUAGCUCAUAGAGAUUUUAAGUCGAAAAACGUUUUACUCAAGGCUGACAUGAGUGCCUGUAUAGCAGAUUUUGGCUUGGCGCUUAUUUUUCAUCCGGGAAAACCUUGCGGUGAUACACACGGACAGGUUGGAACGCGAAGAUAUAUGGCACCAGAAGUUUUAGAAGGAGCAAUAAAUUUUACUAGAGAUUCAUUUUUACGAAUUGACAUGUAUGCCUGUGGGUUAGUUCUGUGGGAAUUAGCUUCAAGAUGUACUGUACAAAAUGGACCAAUAGGAGAAUAUCGACUACCAUUUGAGGACGAAGUUGGUCUCCAUCCUACUCUAGAAGACAUGCAAGAAAGUGUCGUUCAUAAAAAAGAGAGACCGCUCAUUUUAGAAACUUGGCGCAAACAUCCAGGAUUAUCAUCAAUUUGUGAUACAAUGGAAGAAUGUUGGGAUCACGAUGCCGAAGCACGCCUUUCUGCCUCGUGCGUAGUAGAACGAGUUGCUACUCUUGGUAGAGCUCUUGUAUUAAAUUCAACUACUUUGAUUCGUGUUGAUAAUACCAACGAGAUUAUUACUACCAAGGAAUCUAGUAUGUAGUUAGUGUCCAUUAAUAUAGUUUAUUUUAAUGGCACAACCAUUUUUUGUAUCAUAAUUUUGUUAUACGUAUCAAUGAGGAAUGUUGAAACAAUAGAAAAAAGACAAGCAUAUAUCUCCGAUUUUAUGUUUUACUAUUUGAAUAAUUAUUAAUUUCUCCUCUAAUGCUAUACAAGUGAUCGUUAGUUACAUCAUGGCAUUUAUCCUAAUAAAAGUAUAUCGACUACACAUUACAUAUUUUAUCUUUUCCAAUGCCUCUUCAUGCAUUGGAGAUAGAUUCACUAACAUUAAAAAGGUUUGUGAAAUUGACAAACAUUUUUUUAAUGUUUAGAAAAUGUAAAAUAAAACACUAUGGGCAAAAUAUUACACAAGUAAUUGUAAGGUGAAUAAGAAAAAUUUAAAUAGGUAAAAUUAUAAUUAUUUGCUGCCAAAUUAU